CGUGUUUUAUGCCACUUCUUUUUCUGUCUCAUUUUGUCCACCAAACUUUUAAGGUUGUUCAUGAAUGCACAAAGGAUGGCUCCAAGAGCUGGGCAAACGCCUGGAGAUGCCCUACGUCAACAACACGGUCGGCGGCCCGUCGGUGCGCAGCUCGUACAUCGCCGCCCUCUACUUCACCCUCAGCAGCCUGACCAGCGUCGGCUUUGGCAACGUGUGCGCCAACACGGACGCCGAGAAGAUCUUCUCCAUCUGCACCAUGCUCAUCGGCGGUCCGCAUGGAGCUGGGGGGGGCGUGGCCUCCAGUUCCGGCUGAAAAUCGGGAGAUUUUCGGGAGAAUAUUUGUCCCGGGAGAGGUGCUGAAUUUCGUGAGUCUCCCGGCAGCACGGUGAAGGAGGGGUUAGUGCGUCUGCCUCACAAUACAAAGGUCCUGGGUUCGAUCCUGCGCUCGGGAUCUUUUUGUGUGGAGUUGGCAUGUUCUCCCUGUGACUGCGUGGGUUCCCUACAGGUACUCCGGCUUCCUCCCACUUCCAAAGACAUGCACCUGGGAAUAGGUUGAUUGGCAACACUAAAUUGGCCCUAGUGUGUGAAUGUGAGUGUGAAUGUUGUCUGUCUAUCUGUGUUGGCCCUGUGAUGAGGUGGCGACUUGUCCAGGGUGUACCCCGCCUUCCGCCCAAUUGUAGCUGAGAUAGGCUCCAACACCCCCCUGACCCCGAAUGGGAUAAGUGGUAGAAAAUGGAUGGUAUUCCUGACCAAAAGAUCAUGCUACUUUUGUGUUAGACAAAUGUAUUGCAAGUAGUCUAAAUAAAGGUGCUUUCAAAUAAACUUUAAAGAGGCCUUAUCUUUUAUAUUUAAGAUUUUAGUCCACUAAAUUUGCUGUAAUUUUAGCUGACUAAAAUAUGAUGUAAUUUCGUUGACUAAAACUAAUUUAGAUUACUAAAAUUAGACUAAAACUAAAAUGAAAUUUAAUCAAAAAACUAUGACUAAAACCAAAUUAAAAAACUGCAUUAGAGUGGCCAACACAAUUAAUACUUGUAUUUUAAUGACGUCACGUUCGGCUCCUUGAAUAUGCGUGGUGGUCAAGCAGCGUCUGUUUUCAAUGGGUACCAGGCGCCUUUACGCCUUUAAGAAAAAUG